GAAUACAAAUUUUACUUUUCAAGAUUAAUAUAAUAUGCAAGUCAUUGGCUGGCUUUGUGUUGCGUGCGAAAUUCGGUUUGCCGGAGAGCGUCGAUAAACGAACCAAAUAGUACAUCUUUGUGCUCCCUUUCUAAGCAAUUACGCAGCCCGAGUCCCCACUUGCGCAAGGCAAGAAGUCGAGUGGGCCGGAUUCGUCGACUUCGACGCCCUUCUCGGACAUGAAUUGGUCGAGUGGUUGGCCUUCUCUCUUGCGAUAUUGAACCCACAAAUCGUGCGAAAUUUCCAGGAUCGGUCGAGCCGAGCCAGAAGCCUUGCUGAUUUGGUCGGCGGCAGCCCGUGCACUUGCCUUUGCUUCGGGAGAAGUUCCGGAGAUAUCAGCGUACGUCAAAAGCAUCUGGCUGACUUCGCCGCAUGCCUUGUCGCUUUGGACAGACUUGCGCGGAGGAUCUCCGGCUUGAAGAAUAGCGGGAAGCAUGGCUUCGAUGGCAGUAACGGCGUGUUCGGCAGACAUGGCAUCGGGAACGUAUUUCGAGCCACCUUCGGUAUCGUCCAUCGCCGAGAGAACGAGGUCGGAGACGAUCUGGAAGUUGAGUGCAACGGCCGAAGGAACGGCGAGAACCUUGGUGUUGGCUUCGCCUCCGGCUUCCGAGUCGGCCUUUCCGGCGGCCUUCGAGAGAUCGGCGUAGGCCUUGGUGGCCGUGUAGAGCUUGAAGACACCGUAGGCGUAUUGUCCGUCCUUGCCCUUCUUUUCGACAAUGUUGGUCAUGAGCUCGGAAACGGCCUUGGCGGCAGGGUUUCCGCUCUCUGGGAAGUCGGUCCAGGCGGCAUCGAGGAAGGCACAGGCCAUGGUGGCCUUGAGUCCCUGAAGAUCUCCCUCGGCCAUGAUGGACUUGAUGACAUCAACGGCACCGGCACUGAUGAGAGACUCGCGCGAUUGAGGCCACUGUGCGAGGUUGAGAAUGACAAAGAGAGAGAAAUCCUCGAGGGAGUUGGACGUCCAGCGGGAUGGAGGGGCGGUGGCGGCGCGGAUGUUCUCCACGACGCACUUGGGAAUCUCGGUCWGUCCGAUCAGAGCAGCGUUUUCUUCGCUCUUUGCGAGAUUCUUGAUGAGACCGCAGGCCCAUCGAACUCCCUCGGACUUGCCGCUGCUGGCCUUGGGGGCGGCAGGGGAGUUGGUGAGGAGCUUUUCCAAGACACGGAGAAGGGAGUUUGGGUUUUCGAGGGGUGGAAUUUCCUUGCCAUCGGCACUGGGAGAGUGUUGGAGGAUGGUUGUGAUGCUGGCCUCAAGGAACGAAAGGUUCAUCAAGCAGAUGCAGCAGAGGUAGGAUUCUUGCUUGUCUUCGGCAAUGACCUUGCACAAUCCCCCAAUGACGUCCUUGGAAGCGGGUCCGAGUGCCAUGACGCGCUUGUUCUCCGUUGGGAUGGAGAGGUUGUUGAGGGCGAGGCAGGCAAGGUGGCGUCCGUCUCCGCUCUCUUGGGUCAGGCACUGUGCCAGGGGAGUAAGGACGUCGUACUUUCCGCUGCAGACCAUAGGGACACGGUUUUGCUUGUGGCCGACGUCGCACAACUCGUAGACGCGCUUCGUAGCGGCGGCGCUCUUCUCGCCCUUGGCGUUGAGCAUGGUGUCGAUGAGGUCGGGAAUGUCAUCGAGGGUGGGUGGCUUGGCGGGAGCAUUCUUGGAAGGCUUUUCUUCCUUGGGGGUGGGGGCCUUGCCAGACUUUUCCUUCCCCUCUUCCUUGUUCUUUUUGCGGCGGAAUGAAACCCUAGAUUAUGCAUCGUACACGUGACGUAAAUUCAUACAGAGGCGAGCCAGUGCCGUGUGACACACAUGCACAGCGAGCGAACAAAUCAGAAAACAUUAC